GCGGGAUCUCUUGACUAAAGGUGAUCUGAAUGAAUGGAAAACGCUUUCCACGACUGAAACAGAGCAGAGGGAGCAGCCCAGACAAAGCAAGCGAGAAACUUUCACGCUGAUAAUCGCCAGUCCUGUCCCACCAGGCAUGGAUUUACAGAAGACAGCGGCGGUGCAGUAGAUUCAACACCUUUCUGAGGAGAUGAAGGCGAGUUUGGAGUGAAUUUAAAGUCCUGCUGCUGCUGAAUGGACGAGCUUAUUUCGGCUCUUCGGGUCGAUGAUGAAGCUUUACAAUGCAACAGAGAAUGCAGAGUAAAGCAGACAGCAUGGUACCCAACAAGUGGAUUAUGCAUCCAGUUCUUCACAAAUCUCCUCCCAGAAGCUGGCUUGGCAUCCGGCUACGUCUCAAUGAGAAGCCCGCUCAGGAAGAGUGCGUGGUUUGUCAACAUCCAGACUGCAGCGAGCGCCGUCUUGCCUCAAAGGUGUGUCAUCAUCCCGUCUGUCAGGAACUGAACGGUAAAAGCCCCCUGCACCUGUGCGAGUCAUGUGAUUCUCGCUGUCACCUGGAUGAGUCUGACAGCAUGCACUUUGACAGGCAUCUCCGCUUCGACGUACAGCCACAAGGUUCUAUCCUGGCGCGGAAUGUGUCCACGCGUUCCUGUCCCCCUCGCACGAGCCCCCCUUCAGACCUGGAUGAAGAUGAAGAAGGAAGCACUGAACGAGGAGAACGUAAGACAGGAGGAAUGAAGCUGAAAAGCAGAGAGGGAAAAAAGCCCCGGCGUCGCCACACUGAUGACCCCAGGAAGGAGUGCUUCAGCCUCAAGUUUGACCUCAACAUAGACAUUGACACAGAGAUCGUCCCCGCUGUCAAAAAGAAGACAUUACAAGAGGUGCUCGGACCCAUUUUUGAGCGCAAGGGCAUUGAAUUAUCCCGAGUGGAUCUGUUCCUGGACCAGUCCAACACUCCACUCUCACUCCACUUUGAGGCGUAUCGUUUCGGAGGACAUGACCUCAAAGUGAAAGCUCGGCCCGGCGAUGAGCUGAAGGUGGAGCAGAGCGUGAAGGAUCUGCGCUCUCUCAGUCUACCCAACAUGAAGCCGUCAGGAGGGGGCAGUGUCUACAUCCUCACACCGGGCAGUGAGAGGGCCGAGCACGGGUCCCUGCCGCGCCGGGAGAGCGUUGACAUACUGGGUCAGGCCCGUCGGCGGAAGAACAUGACGGAGUUUCUGGGCGAUGCCAACAUCCCGUCCCCAGACACUCUGGCCAUGCUAGGUGGGUCUUUACCAAGCGUGCCUCCAGGGGGUUCGCUGCCCGGUGUGGCCGCUGGACCAGACAAAUGGAAGAACCGCGCCACCAAUCGGAUCAGCGUUUUCUUCGGCGCCGGAUCUGGAAAGGUAAACCUUAUCUCGCUCAUCUUGAAAACCUCAGGAAGUUCAUGGAAAUCAGGAUGUGAUGGUGCAACUUUCCAUGGUGUGAUUUCCAGUAAAAAGAUCUCAUGUAAAGAUGAGCCAAAGAAACGAAACUCAAACUGGAGGCUGUUGAAAUAUGUUUAUAGUAGGUUGUGCCAUAAUCUAGUUUCAAAUAUACUUGGAAUUGUAUGUUACGGCAAUCAGAGGGCUAAACAGAAACCUGUCAGUGAUGGAAAAAGGGAUAGUCGGAUGUUUUUGCGGGACUCGAGCCCAUCCGGACAGUCAGGGGGUAGCCCGGGGCCCCCACAGGGGCCUUUCCCCAUGUCCAUGGACAGCGCUUUGGGACACUCCCCAGAGCCAUGGUUAAAAACCCAGGGGGAAGUGAGAUUUUCGGCUAAAUUUUCUGCGGGCCAAAAAUCCCUUUUCCCCAGUGAGCUCCCCGGGGCCUCUCGCUCCCUUUUCCCGGUCGGUGGAUUCCUGGCCUUCAGUCUUCUUGCUGUAUGUCUACAGGCUCUGAAGGAGUUCAACCGAAUUGACCUGACUGCACCGAUGAUUGACACUUCACCAGAAGCCACCAGGCAACUGCACCUGGAGGGGGCGCUCCGCAUGAAAGAGGGCAAAGACAGCAGGAUGGAUGUUUACUGCUUCCUUUUCACUGAUCUGCUGCUGAUCACUAAACCAGUGAAGCGUUUAGAGAAGGUGAAAGUGAUCCGACAGCCGCUCCUCCUGCAGAAUGUGGUGUGCAGAGAACUCAAAGACACAGGCUCGUUUGUCCUCAUCUACCUCAAUGAGUUCAAGAGCGCUGUGGCUGCCUACUCUUUCCAGGCCAACAGCGCCACCCAGGGGCGAAGUUGGACUGAUGCGAUUUGCAAUGUCCAGAAUCAGCUGCAGCGGUUGAGGUCAGAGGAAGCUCGCAGACAAAAGGCUUGUCUGAAGAAAAAACUACAGGAACAUCAGGAGGAAGAUGAGGACAGCUGUAACUCCACAGCUAGUUCACCUCAAUUUAUACACAAAGAACAGAGCAACAGCCAAUCAGAUGGCUCCACAGAAACCCUGUCAGUGAUGGAUAUGGAUGAGUCUGGAUCGUCUUUGGAUCCUUCCACUCUUCAGUCUGACCUAGCUGGGCAUUCAGACCAGGAUGCCGGUCUGUCCCAACUCACUGACCCUGGCGUCCCACAGCGGGACUCUGAGCCCCAUCCGGACAGUCAGGAGGGCUCAGACCUGGACCCACAGUGCCGUUCCAUGUCCAUGGACAGCGCUUAUGGGACACUCUCACCAGAGUCCAUGGUUGAAACCCAGAGUCGAGUGGCCCCAAUAGAGGAAGACGACUCCGAGGAUGACAAGGAGACGACGGGUGACGAAGAUGAAGAGCAAGAAAAUGCAGAAGAGGAAGACGAUGAGGAAGACAGAAGCUCAUUUGGAUCUCAGAGCUCCGUGGCGCUUUCUCUAAAGCCCAGGCGCCGGCCGCCCGUCCAGUGUCGCCUGCCGUUUUUUUUGGAGAGAGUCGUCACAGAGUGUGCAGGGGGUGAGCACACAUGGGAACAGAGGGUUAAAACUUUAGAAGCGCCGCUCAGCAGGAGCCUGACGGAGCUCAACCCUGCUGAAUCGGACGAGUGUCUCCCGACGGACGAAAGCCACAGUCUCACAUGCAGCUUGCCCUCGAGCACGCUUUUGGACAGAUUGAGACUAGCUAAAAUUGCACAUGAGGCUGGCAGCAACCAGAUUCCCUGCAGUGCGUCAGACGGGGAACUCUCGCCCCCUAGUGGCCUGGAGGGAAUGGGCCGCUGUAAGAGACCCCAGCAGCACAAAAAACUCACACUGGCCCAACUCUACAGGAUACGCGCCACACUGGUGCUCAACUCAACGCUCACAGCCUCGUAA